AUGAUUGAAGCAGUAUUUACAGUGUACACUCCGAUUUUGCCAACUGCCAGAAACUGUUCUCUCUUCGUCUAUUCACUUGUUCACGCAUAUGGACUUCUGGCAACAUGCACUGGUCAAGAGUCCCAACGAUUCCUGGUUGUGCGACCACGGCCUGCUGGCCAGAAGGAGUUCUUGGGUUACCAUACUCAAGUUUCAGAGUGUGGGCUUGAAGACGACUGCCCCAUGUUUCAUGGAAUCAAAGACUACAUCACACUAGUCGCUGGAGUUACCUUGACCGGGGCGGCUGCGACUAGAAACGAUAUCUCGGACAUAGCCAUUUGUUGGGAUGGCGGAAGACAUCACGCCAAAAAAGCAUGGGCUUCAGCUUUUUGUUACAUAGCUGAUUGCGUUCUCGCCAUUCUUUUCCUCAAACGAACAAUACCGAAACCACGUGUGACUCGAUAUGCAGCGUCACAAGCUUUUCACAAACCCGGUUCCACGGCUGCUGCUCAAGUUCUUACACUAUCUAUUCAUCACGCAGCUCCAGGAUUUUUCCCUUUGCCACUCAAAGCUCGUGCACCCAACAAAACAUUCCUCCGCAUUUGGCCUAUCAUCGAACAUGUCAAGGACAUCUUUCGACCUGAUUUCAUUAUAGUUCAGUGUGGCUUAGAUGGCCUAGCGGGUGAUCCCAUGGCAACCCUCAACUGGUCCUUAAGGCUCGCUCGGCUGGCUUUAGGUGGUUAUGACACGCCCAAUGCCGCGCAAGCUUGGACAUAUCUCACCUCUGUGGCAGUAUGUUUGAAUCUCAGGUUCUGGUUCGUCAUAUAUUGAUACAUUGUGUCUAACAGGGAGGAAUUCCG